AUGUCGAACUACAGCAAGCUCGGACAAUUUGACUCCGAAUAUGCUGCUGUGUUGGCCAAGCUGCCUCCACCCCCUCCGCCUGAGAAGGAGAGGGUCCAUUCUCGUCUGCGUGAGCAGUUUGAUGUGCACUUUGUUGGGAAGACCAAGGACACUCUGAGGCCGCAUCUUCCUCCGGAGGAUGCGUAUACUGUGGCAGACCGCCAUGUCCAGCUUGAUGACGGGGACAUACUCGUACGCUGUCUGACACCUCGCGGUUCCGGGGACAUCUCCUUCCCUGUGUUAUUUUGGAUACACGGUGGAGUUUCAGAUCGCCAUAAUCAAUGUCGAGUAUCGACUGUCAACAAUCAGGCGCUCUUUGGCGGCGACAUCUCGCGCGGCUUCCUGAUCGGCGGGCAGUCGGCGGGAAGCAACUACGGAGCGGUUCUCGCCUACCGUGCUCGAGACGAUCCGUUCUUCGAAAACCGUAGGCUCAGUGGAACCAUUUUGCAGCUUCCUAUCGUGCUGCAUCCAGAUGCGCAUCCUGAGAAGUACAAAGACGAGCUACUCUCGGUGGACGAGUGUCGCGAUACCCCGCUGUUAAAUGGAGAGCAGAUGAAGAUCACAUGGGUGGAUCUAGGCGCAGAGCCGCUCAAUCCCGAAUGCUCGCCCUUCCUGAAUUCCUCACACGCGGGCCUCCCACCGACAUACCUGCAAGUGUGCGGACAAGAUCCGCUCCGGGACGAAGCCCUAGUAUGCGAGAGGCUUCUGAAAGAGGCCAACGUUGCGACGAGGCUUGACGUACUUCAAGGCAGGUUUGAGAUGGCUUCUAGGUCGAGACUCCCAACAGUUGAGAGCGCGAGACAUGCGAACAAGAAGAUGCUAGAUAUCUAUCUAAUCACUGCACCUCGCUGGAUUGUUUUACGAGUGUGUGUGUAUGCGACAUUAUAUGUUGCGUGGUUGCCAUACGACGCUGUAUUCCAUGUUGUCCCUGUUGAUGAUCUCACGGGCAGCUCGCACGGCGAGGGACACAAUGCUAGAAGGCCGGACAUUCACACGGUUAUCCCAGCGUGCUCUUGCAGAACAGGGGUCGCAGAACCUUAUCUGCCUUCAGAUGUCGUUGACGAAGGUACCCGCAUUUUUGAAGAAGUGCUACGAACAUGGGCAUCACAAAUAUCAGAGCGCGACGAUGACGAUGUCGUGAUGGGAGACUCUGAAGGCCCACAUAACCUGACCGCCGUCCGGCCCCCGCCCACCACUGGUAUUGUACCGCCAUUUGGCGUUUACCUUGUCCUGUGGUUGGAUUCGUUCAGGAUGGUACAGCACUUUGACGACCCUCUUCUGCAUGAGGCCGCGCGCCAGCUGUCUCCUGGCAAAUACAUAGCUUAUGUGGCCACUAAUACCGAUCUCCCUAUGCCCUAUCGCCCAUGGCAUCGAUGCCUAGUGCGGCUUGCUGGACUGGGUAUGCCUAAAGACCAACCUGAGCAGUUCAUCACCUCGGACAUGUGCGUCCCGAUCUUCCCCGCAACCGAGCAUCCUGCAGGUCGCAGACCCUCUCGGCCUACCAAGCCUUUUCCAUUCGCGAGCUUUUAUCUGCAUACGUGGGUCUACGCAACCGUCCGUUUUCCUCUCCAGAACGUUGAUUAUGGGGAUGCCUGGGAAAUUACGGUGGAAGACCAGGAGGAUCAUGGUGAUUAUAUGACUGAGGACCAGGAGAAGCGUGACACGCUUAGAAAGCAAGCGAGUCCGCCGACGGCGACAAUUGAACCUAGCAUCACAGAUGAAGUCACGCCAGAUAUCAUUGUAGGAUUGAACGUUGUCGCAAAAGUAGAGGACUGGCUCAAGACAACCGAUCAUAGCCAGGAACCCUUCGAGGAAUUGCAUAUGGACAAUGAGGUUGACUCUGAAGUCUCCGAUGGUGAUGCUCCCGACUCGCUGCUCGACGACGAAGUCUCGCCUUCCACUCCCCCUAGUGACUAUGAUGCCAAUAGCCUGGAUGAAGUUAACCAGCUCCUCGCCAGCGUCUUCUAUCCUGAUUUUUCAAACAUCGACGUCGAUGUGAUACCUAUGGUCGGCUUUUCGUUCGAUCUGACCGAGGUCAAGCAGUUCUUGGAUCCGCGUGGUUUCUUGGAGGAGGUGGAGGCCAUGGCUGAACUCAUUCGGAAAUAUCGCACAGGUGCCCUUGGCGGCGGUCCCGGCUCCCAUGCUCUUCCAGAUCUCCCCAUAGCGUCCCAUCCGGGUGACCAUACAAUUCCUGUAGAUAGUCCUACAGCGGUUGCCCCGGCUGACCCCCUAGCGGUCCUUCCCAGCAACUCUAUGGUGGUCUUUGUCGGCCAUAGCUAUGCGACAACGCCAUCCGAACAGGUUUCCAACCCGGCACAUUCAAGACCUCCGAUAUCUCUCGAGCUACCUCGUGCUGCCGGUGAUGUGGAUGUAGCCAGCUGGUGGUGGGAACCUCAGGCGGAAACACAGCAGUCGAGCAUUGAUGCCGAGCUUACUAUAAGACAGCAAUUUGGUUCUUUACAUAACUUCAACGGCUCUUGGGCGUGUCUCGUGCGCUUCAAUACGACGAUGAGCUCGUAUAGGCCCACCAGGGGCGUCGUACCACCAUUUGGUGUUUAUCUUGUCUUAUGGUUGGAUCCAGUCAGGAUGGUGCAGCACUUUGACGACCCUUGUCUGCAAGCUGCCGCGCGCCAGCUGUCUCCUGGAAAAUACAUAGCCUAUGUGGCCGUCGUGCGUCUGCCAGAUAUUUGUGAUAGUGGCAACAACAUUGAUGCAGCUGCAUAG